GUGGCAAGAGAUUCUCGACUCGCCCGCUAAGGCUCGUGCGAAAAUGCGCGAGUGUGUCCUGUACUACGUCUUCAAGAAGAAAAGCCUCAACGGCGCGAAACUCAACGGCGCGACCGAGAAGAAGGUUUUCUCCAUCCCGGCUAGGAACAGCAUCAACAACGGCCACGAAGAGUCAAGGGAGGUCGUCUGCACUCAAGGAUUCCGUCGGUAGUGCCUACGCUGGGGGGCAAG